CCUCUGGAGUCGCUGCCUUAGUGCUUCCACAGGUCCUCAAGGCCAGAAGGGAUGUCGGGAGGGGGCUGAAGGGAGCAGGCACAGUCACUCUCUGCCUGCAGACCCCAGAACCUCCCUCUGCACAUCCUGGAAGGCAUUUGGGCUGAGGAUGCAGAGGGUGCGAAGUGCAGCCCCAGAGAUCAUUCCAUCCCUCAGCCUGGGCAGUAGGGAACCUUGGCAUGGUAUCCCCAACUCUGUCCUUCUCUGCCUGCACAGGUGGCCCAGGUCAACAAGCCCGGACAGCGGUGGAUGAGCGCUGGGCACUGGCCUAGCCACACGCACACACCGGCACCAUGGACUUCGUCAUGAAGCAAGCGCUGGGCGGGGCCACCAAGGACAUGGGGAAGAUGCUGGGGGGCGAGGAGGAGAAGGACCCCGAUGCGCAGAAGAAGGAGGAGGAGAGGCAGGAGGCCCUGCGCCAGCAGGAGGAGGAGCGGAAAGCCAAGCACGCCCGCAUGGAAGCGGAGCGGGAGAAAGUCCGGCAGCAGAUCCGUGACAAGUACGGGCUGAAGAAGAAGGAGGAGAAGGAAGCAGAGGAGAAAGCUGCUCUGGAGCAGCCGUGUGAGGGCAGCCUGACGCGCCCCAAGAAGGCAAUCCCAGCGGGCUGUGGGGACGAGGAAGAGGAGGAGGAGGAGAGCAUCCUGGACACCGUCCUCAAGUACCUGCCCGGCCCGCUGCAGGAUAUGUUCAAGAAGUAACAGCACCGUCAACCCUGCCAUAGGGUGCUGGGGCACGGGCGCCCUCUCUCCUACAACUCCUCCAUCAGUUCCCUUGGCCCCGGAGAGGGGGUUCCCACACCCCCUCCCAUCCUCUCCUGCC